CGGUUUUACAAUUUAAAACAGUAUCGAUAUUUCAAUUCGAUUCGAUAGGACGUAGCCAUCUACUGGCCGAAUUGUGCACUAAUCGUGCAACAGAACGUGUUGUAUACAUAUAGUCGGAAUAGUAGUGUUUAUUCAGAAUAGAGAAUGAAUAUAUCCUCCCUUUUACAACCAGCACGAUCUGCAUUAUCCUUACAUAGGAAAUUGAAUUGUUGGACAACAGCAAUAACGAAGAAGCAUAGAAAAUUGUAUUUAAAUACUUUUCCUGUGCAUCUUGUUUUACCAGAUGGUAGUAGUAUUAAUAUCGAAUACAAUGAACCAAGAAAGAUAAUUACUCUUCCUCUUGACAUUGAGAUUCUUACCGAAGAACAGAAACGAAUUAGAUUGGAGAGACGUAAGGUCAUAACCAAAGCAAAAAUAGUUGAAGAAUACCAAGAUGAUUUUGAUGAAACUCAAUUCUAUUAAAUAAUUUACCCAACUGUAUCAUUUUUUAAAUAUUGCACAUGGAAUUCACGUUACAGUUUUAUAUUAUAAUCGUUUAGUUUUUUGCAUGUUUAUUUUUGAUUAUAAAUAGAUCUAGUACAAAGUAAAUCUCAAAGUAUAUAAAUGAUCUGUACUAUAAAAACACAUCAUGUACAUAUUAAAUGUAAUUUAAUAAAAUUAUAACUAUAUUUAGA